AUGUAUGCGGAAGAUGUGGCGACCGGAUUGACCGGGGAUGGAAAUCCGAUCGAGGAUGUGAUCACCCAGCCUCAUGCAGAUCAAAUGUCGCAGGAGGUUUUCCCCCAAUCAUUUCAAUUUGAUCCUGCGUACGCGAGUGCGCAUGUGUCAACGCAUAACAACUAUAUCGCGGCCAACGCGCCUGAAUACAUACCCGGUCCGGGGUAUUCAGAUUACCAACACCCCAAAGAUGAACAAUCUGCAUAUUAUGCGCAGCGGGGAGGGGAUUUCGGGCAUCAAUUCACGCCUGCACAUCCUUAUUCAGAUUCAUGCUUUCCGUCCAAUAAUAAUUUCGACCCGCAGCAAUCCCAGAAUUCACAUCAGAACGCCUAUUCCAUCCCUGGCGCUUGGAAGGGCCAAGAGAAGCACAAGCUCUUGGAGACUCUGCUAGACACGAUUAGCGGUUGCGACGAAGAGCGCGUGGCCCAAGUCGUGCAGGUUGUCCGAGUCAGCGCGACCCCUGAAGAGGCCGUAUCGGGGAUAUGCCAGGUUCUAGGCAUUGGGAGCUUUGAGGGAUAG